AUGUCGAGGGCGCCGAAGGCAGAGCAGUUUGAGAUGUCCCUGGUGAGGCUGAAAAGCGGUGCUGGCAGCCGUGCGGACGACUAUAUAGAGCCAGAAGAUGUCGAUGCUGAGAUGCCAGAUGAGGUUGUGGAGCAGAAGCAGGACGACAGCGGUGCUGAGGAAGCAACAGAAAAGCCACGGCCAAAAGUCCGUAUCACUUCGAAGGAGUGGCGCAAUCUGAACAAGGUGAACUACGGUUUCAACAAAGAGGAGCUGAAGCAGUUCAUCCGGGAUAUCAAGCAGUUUAAACCGGUGCACGGGUUGCGUCUCCCUAUGCUGUGA